AUACCCUUUCUCCAAUGGGAUUCUUUUGGAAAGUGCCGCGAGAGCAAAAGACAUUCCGCUUUUUGGCAUGUUGGAACUGAAGUAACCUCUCUCACCUGAUGGACCCGGAAGGGGGCGGGUCGUCUUCCAAACCUGACCGCCCGGAGGAAACAGUUACGCCAACUAUCGCGGGGCACCGGCUCCCAGGUGUGUGUUACACUACACUACAGACGGCUUGAAAGAGAACUGUUGAUAGAGCCCCGCUUUUGGCCUCAAUUCUUCAGUCAGUCGCCUCGCGGGUUCACCUGCGCAUCGCGGCAACCGUUCGUUCCCGUUGGGAAAAAAAAAACCAAAAAAAAAACAAAAGACGGUGGAAGUUUUCCAUUUCAUCAUUCAUCGACAUUUCGAUACGUGUGCGUUCUCUCGAUUCACUUUAGUCUUCGAUCCCGUUUGACUGACACGGUCGUUCGAGGAAGCGGAACAAUAGCGAAAUGCCUCUUCGGAAGCGAAAACGAUUGAAUUAUUAAAAAUUUAAUCCAGCCGCAACAUACGUGUGUGUGUGUGCCUGAAGUGUGUGAGUGUGUUCCUUCCUCGAGCGGAUGGAGAUUGUCUAGAGUUGAGUGAUAACUGUUACAUCAAUUCGUUUCGAAAGAGGGCAGAUUUGUUUAUUCCCAGUGUACCUGUGACUUUAAUCAUAUAAGUCGCUUGAGUGCAUACUUGGUGUUCCAGCAUCGACAGUCAACAAUAAGAAACAACAACAAUAGCAAAUAAGGCAGACGAGAGGAGAAGAGAAAAAAAACAGAACAGAUACACAGUCAUCAAAUUUAACGAAACGACUAGCCCAAAGAGCAAAAUGAGGCCGCGUUCGACGUCCCACUUCUUCCUCCUGCUGCUGCUGGCGGUGAUUCAUCCUUCCCUUACAAGUCUUCAGGACACUAACAGAGAAAGACAAGGAGAAAACGACAAAUUUCUGCUGGCACGAGAUGAACGUUCUGCCGUCGUUCAUUUCCCUGAUGACAACAAACAACUUCCGGUUCAGUCUGGCGGAGCCUUACCAACAACAUGGAGAUUCCAGUCGGAUGACAACCAACUAUCCAAUACGCGCCAAUCCAAAAGCCAAUUUUCCAUUCCAUUAGGAACCACUUCUGGUAUGAUGGUGCCCGUUUCAGGUACGAGAGGCAUGCCAUCCGGUGAAGGCGUCAAGAAAGGACGUAAAGCCAAACCGGAUGUCCAGGACAUCAUCUCAGGCAUCGUUCACUUGCUUGGAGGUAAAGUCAACCUUCACGCGGCCAACGGUGCCACUGAGGCCCCAUCGGUCACCUCCGGCAAUCCUUCAGGCACCACCCUUUUGAGACCACAAAUGCUGGCCCCGCAUUCGACGCGAAUUAACAAUCGUGCACCACCACGAAUCUCUCAAGUGCCCUUUGAGGCCAUUCCGCUGGAGUUGGGUAAUUCAGCUGGUAGACCCGGUCAGAUGUUGCCCUUUGGUGUGCCGUUAAGGCCACCGAUCUAUCCACCCAAACUGCCCCAGACCGGGCAGAACGUUCAAGGGCUUCCCUUCACCUCUGGAAUUCCACUUCCAAUUCAACUGGUUCCGCCCGUUUCACCAAAUCGUCCGUGGCCUCCUGCGAACCCCAUCUUAUCGGAACCUAGCCCUUCCGCUUUCGUAACGGAGAACUCGACCGUUCAAACAAGUUCGAGUCCACCCCCCGUCGUUCAUGUGAUAAAAAACUUAUCGAAGAGUUCCAUCCCGUCUAAAAGCGAAACAACUUUGACCAACUACUUCCCGGAAAAUUCCAGUGUCCGACAUCAUCCGGUGAGCGUAGUUCCCACUACAACAACGACAACAAGUAUACCGUUACCGGAAUCAACGGCCAUUCCGGUUCACCAGUUCACCAGUUCAGUCGAUGCCAUAUUGCAAUCGUCUAUCGAAGAUGGAGUCUCCUCCAGCAGCCUUAUCCCAUUGGAUAUCCCUUCUAUUGUUCCAGCCGUUUCGACCUCAUCAUUGCCCGUAAUACCCUACGCCAGUGAAAUCUCUUCCUCGUUGUCUAUCCUUCAAAAUUGGUCUCCUGCUCCAUCGACUGUGCCACAACUGGAAGCCGGAACGGCCCCAAGUGUUCCGCAUUUACCCGACAGUAGUAGCUACACGCCUCCGCUCCCAUCCGGUCGUCCAGGACAAGUCUUCCAUGAUGAAUAUUUGGCUCCAGCUAAUGGCUAUGGAGAGAUUGACGUUAUUACAAGCGACAACAUCCAACCUCAAGGAAGUUAUGGAGAUACAUUCGAACUGGUGGUGACCGCUGCGCAGAAUUUCGGUGGCUCUUCGCCGCCCAUCAAUAGCGCAAGACCUUACGUCAUUCCAGUCCACAUUGACAAUGUCCGGGGUGGAUUGCAGGAGCCUUCCUCCACAGAGACUGACGAAUACGUUUCAAUCGAUGGUCGAAAAACGUACUUUAACCUAUUUCCGACGGAAACAGUGGAAGCAGCCGAACCGGUGGUUCAACCGACCGCCAUGCCGAAACCAGCACCGAUAAACAGUAAUAACGGGUACGGUUACGCUUACCCGGACAGUCCUGUUGAACAAGCACGACCAGCACCAGCGUCCAGGCCCAGUUACACGAUGCCAGCUCCAGCAGCGAGGCCCAGCUAUCCGAAACCAGCAGCACCAGUUGUGAUUAACCGACCCACUGCUUCGCUCGUUAGAAGACCAUCAACAACUCCACUCAGUCGAAUCGAUGCCUGCAUAGUCGGCGACCCUAAUGCCUGUUUGGAACCAAACGAAUCGUGCCAGGUUGAAGAAGACGGAUCAGCUUGCACUUGCAAACCUGGUUUUGGCCGGAAGAAGUCUAGCGAUAUUUGCAAAGCUUUGACCGGACUCUUGGUUUCAAUUAGAUUAGACCGAUUGGAUAAUCAGAGGCUAUCCUGGUCGUCUAAUUAUGCCGAUCCCACUAGCCCUGACUACCAGCAAUUGCAAUGGGAAGCAAAUAAAGCCAUAAGUUCCUUGAUGGAAAUGGCACCGCUGUCGUCCCACUUUGUUUCGUCGUCUGUCAAUAAGUUUUAUGCCAUUGGCAACAAAAUCAUUGUCAAUGCUUCUGUUUUCUUGGAUUCGACCCCAGAAACACAAAGCGUCACUGUUCGACCGACUUUGCAAAAGCAGCUGUCUUACGUAAUCCAGCAACGAAAUAACAAUCUAGGCAUCAGCAGAUUGUGGAUUGAAGGACUCACAAAUCCAAUUCCGGCUAUUCUGGAUCUGAAUGAAUGUGGUGCUCCAGAACUGAACGAUUGCAGUGACAAUGCGGAGUGCAUCAAUAACCAAGGCAGUUUCUCAUGUCAAUGUCGACCAGGAUUCUCUGAUCCAUAUCCAAAUGACCCAUUCCAAUCUGGACGUCAGUGCAAUUCCUGUACGCGAACUUACUGCAAUAAUAGAGGGGAAUGUCGAAUUGAGAAUGGCAGGAAAACUUGCUCGUGCCAAGGAAACUACAAAGGGCAGACGUGUGAACUUGAUGGUGAAGUCUUGGGCGUGGCCAUUGGCGCAUCGGUAGCCGCUGUCAUUAUUAUCGUCUUGACCUUGGUAUUGCUGUGUAUGUGGAGUCGCCGGUGGCGACAGAACCAAGAGAAAAUGGUCGAUCGAAGUGCCUACAUGGAACAGCUGAAGACAAUGCCAUUCCCAGCCAUGAUGCAGGACCGCAUCCGAUGGGCGCAAUACGCGGAAGCCAUGGCAUCCGCCCACAAUCUGUAUGCGCCACCCGAUCCGGUCAAUGUGAAUCCGCACUUAGCGUUGAUAUCGCCAGCUUAUGCGGUCGGAACAAUGAACAGCAUCAGCCGAGCUAGUAUGGCGCCCACUUUACCUUUAGUGGGUCAGUUUUACGGGUCUCGGUCAACUUGUGGUUCAGUUAUCAGUUAUGGUAAGAGAAGUGCACCGCCUCCGCCACCUUCAAAUCCCCCGCCAGCUUUGCAAGUGAUGGAGACGAGCGAAGAGAGCGCCACCGAAAGUGAUGCACCCAUUGCACGUCCAUUCCAAGUGCCUAGACCACGUAGUCGCUCGUCUGCAUUUUCAUCCAACAAUAUCUACUUCGAGGCAGAUGCGCCCUCUACCAGUAAUGACUUCUCCAACCAAUCGCAAAUUUCGUUAAACACUUAUCAGCCCCAACGUCAGGGUCCUCGCUAUUAUUACCGCUAAAUAUCUAAAUUAAUUGGGUUCGUUUUUGAACGUAUUAUGGGGACUGUAUAAAUUAAUCCAUGUUGGUUUUUGCGAGGAGCGCGGUAUGAUUCGUUUUGGUUUAUUCGUGAAAGUUCCAAGUAAGAUCUGCUGUUUGAUUCCAUUUUCACUAUUCAACCUGUUUUUUGUAGAAUAACUUAACCUUUCGUGAUUUGUGUUGUCAAAAUGCGCAUUCGAUCUGAAUACAUUAUUACAUAUUGUAAA